CUCAUUUCGAAAGAAGAAGCAUCGCGAAGAAGAAGAAAAUCAAAAAUCAUGAGUGGACAAGAGAAUCACGAUGCUGGCCGGAUCUCUUCUACUCCCCCCGCCGCGACGGCGCCUUCUCACUCAUCAGAGUACGCUCCGUACCCUAAGCUCGACACUACCGACGUAACUCCUCCUCCUCCUUCUCAGCCGAUCCCCGCCGCUACCACCAUGCCACCGGAGUCCAAUCCUUACGUUUCUCCUGCACCUGUUCCCAGGAAUACGAUGGAUUCGGUUAAGGAUGCGCUAGGGAAAUGGGGGAAGAUGGCUGCCGACGCUACUAAGAAGGCUGAGGAUCUCGCCGGAAACGUUUGGCAGCACUUGAAAACAGGUCCCAGUGUUGCCGAUGCUGCUGUUUCGCGAAUUGCUCAGGGGACAAAGAUAAUUGCAGAAGGUGGAUAUGAAAAAGUCUUCAAGCAAACAUUUGAAUGCCUUCCGGACGAGCAACUUCGCAAGACCUAUGCUUGCUACUUGUCUACAUCUGCUGGUCCUGUGAUGGGAGUUAUGUAUCUUUCGACUCACAAGCUUGCAUUUUGUAGUGACAACCCUCUCACCUACAAAGAGGGUGAGCAGACUCGGUGGAGCUAUUACAAGGUGGUACUUCCGGUGAACCAGCUGAAGGCAGUGAACCCAUCAACAAGCAGAGUGAACACAUCUGAGAAAUACAUACAAGUGAUCUCCAUCGACAACCACGAGUUCUGGUUUAUGGGGUUUGUGACUUAUGAAAGCGCUGUGAAGACUCUUCAAGAAGCGGUACAGUCACAUGGUCCUUGAAAGUCCACUGGUAAAUGCAGAUCUUAGUGGUAUUGUGCAUUAUUAUAUGGAACAGUGUGUUUUAGUCUUUUGAUACCCCAGUUCAAUGUAUUGUGUAGAUUGUGUUCUCUUGGUGUUUGCUUAUAACAUAUUCGUUGCGUUUGUUCAAUUGCUUUUAUAUGAAUGUGACAUCUUAUUUUUUUAUACAAAUCACACCCAAUUAAAUCUUU